AUGUCCGACUCGGAAACAGGUUCCGACGUGCCAAAGCGCGUUAAAGUUAAGUCAGAGUCUCGUCGGCGCCCCCUUAGGGCUGAGGAGGCUACAAAUCGAGAACGUACAGGUCGCAAACGACGGCUACAGGACGAAGAAGAGAGUGAGGAGGAAGAGAGAGCGCCCGAAGUCCAAGAAGAUGAUGCCGACUCUGGAGAAAAUGACAGUGAAGAUGAUGAUGAGCGACGUCCACGCAAGCGUAUCAAAGGAUCCAACGGUCGUCCAAGGCCAUCCGAGGUGGGCGAUUUUGGUGAAGAUGAUCACGUUCCCGCAACUGCAACUACCAAAGUUCUCCAAAGAGAUCCAAGUGACGGAUAUAUCCCAGGGUCUAUAUGUCGCAUCCGAUGUGAACAUUUCCUAACUUACGACUUCGUCGAGUUCCAGCCGGGUCCACGAAUGAACAUGAUACUCGGGCCCAACGGUACCGGUAAAAGUACCAUUGCAUGCGCAAUUUGUCUUGGUCUUGGCUUCAACGUCAGCGUCCUCGGUCGUGCAGAUCAGUUGCAGGCGUUCGUCAAACACGGAUAUGAAAAGGGCUAUGUGGAGAUUGAGCUCAAGGGCAAGAUUGGGAAGCGUAACCCCAUCAUUCGUCGCAGUAUCACAACGAAAGGUGGCGGGAGCACAUGGACCUUGGACGGCAAAAACGCUACGAAGACUCAGGUCGACAAUACAGUGGCUUCACUCGGCAUUCAGAUCUCCAACCUGUGCUCGUUCCUUCCACAAGACAGAGUCAACGAGUUUGCCAAGCUCAAGCCGGACGAGCUUCUGAGGGAAACACAAAAGGUUGCCGGUCAUCCAAAGCUCAGUGACUGGCAUUCGGAGAUUCAGAAGCUUGGCGCUGGAUUGGAAGAGAUCAAACACAAUUUGACCACAGAUCAACGAGACUGCGCGAUAGAAGAAGGCAAGAACCAAGUUCUAGAGAGAGAAGUUGCUGCCUUUAAUCGUCGAAAGGAACUGGAAGAAAAGGCGAGUGACCCUCUCGCGCUAUAUGAUCUCCUCGUUCCUUGGUACAAGUAUAAACAAAACAAAGCCCGGAUGAGACCUAUAAGGCUUGCUUGGAAAGAAGCCGGCAUUCGAUUGGCGACUGCUCAAGCCGAAUUGAAACCUGCAAUCGACUUCAAGAAUAGACUCGAAAAGGAUCUCGAGGCCGCUAACAAGUCAAUCAAAGCUGCCCAAACUGAGGUGCAGAAGUGUAAAGAACCUGUCGAGCGCCUCAAGCGCAAGGAAGAACGCCUUGAAAAGGAUUGCAAAGAUGUUCAAGAUAAGCUUUCGGAGUUGAAUGACCAAGAAGAGGACUCGAAAAAGAGGAUCCGCCAGUAUAAUGAAGCUAUUGAGACACUUACUGCGAAACUGAAGCAGGCCCGAGGAGAGUCAAUCCAGGAUCCCGCUCCCCUCACGGCCAAGAAGGCAAGGAUAGUCACCGGAUACCAGGAGGACCUUGGACGCAAAGUUCGUCAAGUAGAAAACAAGCGACGCAUGCUCGCGGACAGUAUGGAUGAGAUUGACAGAAAAAUCGCGGCAGACGAGCAGAACUGCAAACGUGCCAAAGAAGCACUGAAUCGUUUGCUUGAUAAGAAGCAACAACGACUUAACAGGAUCGAGAGGGACCGUGCCUUUCAAGACGCAAACUUCUACAGGGCUUACCGAUACCUCCUUGAUCACAAGAAUGAUUUUGAAACGGUCAUAGAGCCUGCAUGUUUCUCUCUUCACGUCAAGGAUGCCCGCUACAGCUCCGCAAUCGAGGCCCUCGUUCCCAUGACCGCCAUGAAAACCUUCGUCUUCGCCAACAGACGGGAUUAUGAGACAUUUAGUAACGCCCUCGAUAACAUGUUCGAGAAGCACCGCCCAACAGUCUGGUUCCGACCUGUCAACGAGGAUGCGCUACCGAAGAAUGACCAAGAUCCGGAGGAGAUGAAACGAGUGGGCUUUGAUGCCUACGCGAUCGACUUGGUCGAAGGCCCACCGGAGGUCUUAUGGUUCCUCAAAAGGCAAUUGGACUUGCAUCGCAUCGGUGUCGCUCUAAAUCCAAAUGGUGUAGACUUGGAAGGCGCUGCUCGGUUAUUUGCUCCAAAAGCUCCUGGUCCGCCUCAGAAGUAUAUCGUUGGUUUCACCCUCUAUACUAUCAAUAGAUCCGCAUAUGGGCAGCGUCUUAUCCAGAACAGCUCUAGCAAUAUCAAUAGAGCAGCCUGGCUCGUAGACCAAUCUGCCGACCCAAAUGAAAGGCGAAACUUGGAAGAAAAUAUCAGGGAUUUGACUAUCUCUAUCGACCAGCAAAAAGAAGAGAAGAGACGUUUGGAUGAGAAAGAUGCCGAACACAACAAUGAAGAAAGGUUACUUCGAGGAAAACUCAAAGAAGCUGCAGACCAAGUUGACGCCAUUACGGGAACCCUUAGAAAAGUUCGGAAGAUUGAGUCUGAGCUUGAGAGUAAACGGCGCCUGCUUAUCACGGAGACGAACAGAGCCCCAGUAGAGCAGCGAAGAGCAACUCUGCGCGCCAAUCUCCGAGGGAAAGUGAAGGCACGGUUGGACUUGAUUUCUGAUAUCCAGAAAGCCGUUGAAGACCUCAACUCCUCUACCGAGGCAUUCACCAAGGCCACAUACGAAUCGCUGCAGCUAACUGCGGACGUCGCAUCAAUGGAACAAAUGAUCCGAGCAUACAGCACCCGACACGAGCAGCUCCAGCAAGAAGUCGACGAGCUGAGUGAGAGACUUGAAGAACUGAAGAAGGAAAAUCUAGAGAGUCAGGAGGCAUUCAAACGGCGCUUUGAAAAGAGUACUCCAAUGCUUCAGCAGAAACACACGGAAUAUGUCGACUCUCAUCCGGAUGAAGAGACUAACGUUGAAGAACUGGAACUCGAGCGGACCCAGGCCGAGGCUACACUCGAGAGCACUGCACAGGUGAAUCGUGUGGUGAUACAGCAAUACGAGGACCGCCAGAAGAAGAUAGAAAGACUUCGGGAUUCCAUCAACCAACGGCAGCACGAGUUGGGUGUCGCGGAAGCAAGGGUUCAGAGGAUCAAGGACAGAUGGCUCCCCGAACUCAACGCGCUCAUAGAAAAGAUCAAUACUCGCUUUUCCGCUGCAUUCGACCGAAUUUACUGUGCUGGGGAAGUUCGUUUGGCGCAAAAUGACGACUAUUCCAAAUGGGCAAUCGAAAUUCUGGUCAAGUUUAGAAGCAAUGAGCCUUUACAACUACUCACUGGACAGCGUCAGUCUGGAGGAGAACGAUCACUGACGACUAUUCUCUACCUGAUGAGCCUUACCGGUUUGGCGAAGACGCCAUUCGCGCUUGUCGACGAGAUCAACCAAGGCAUGGACAUCAAAUACGAGCGUGCUGUACACAACGAGCUUAUUCAAGUGACGUGUGCGGAGGAUAGUGGACAGUAUUUCCUUAUCACGCCCAAGUUGCUGCCCAACCUUACCUACCACGAGAAUGUUACGACCCUGGUCAUCAAUAACGGAGAUUAUCUUCCGGAUACCCGAGACGACAACGGCACGCCGACCAACUUUGGUGAUUUGCAAGCCAACUUGGAAGCAUACCGCCGUUCGCUUCGCAAAACGUAG